AUGGAGAAAGAACGCGUAUGCCAAAAAUGGUUUGCGAGAUUUCGUUGCGGAGAUUUUUCCGUCAAAGACAAACCACGCUUAGGCCUACCAAAUCAGAUCGACAGCGACAGAUGGAAGGCGAUAAUCGACACCAGUCCAUACUACACGACGCGGGAGAUUGCAGAUGUUCUCCAAAUAUCGAAAUCGAGCGUGGAAAACUAUCUGCAUCAACUUGGUUAUGUUAGCCGUCUCGAUGUUAGGGUUCCGCACGAACUGAGCGAAGCUCAUUUAAUCCAACGCAUUUCCAUCAGCGAUUCACUCGGAAAACAUGAAAAAAAUGAUCCAUUUCUGAAUCGUAUGGUAACUGGCGACGAAAAAUGGAUCGUCUACAAUAACAUCAAGAGCAAAAGAUCGUGGAAAGACCGCAGCGAACCGCCACAAACCAUUUCAAAGGCAGGGUUUUAUCCGAGCAAGAUCAUGCUCUCAAUUUGGUGGGAUUGGAAGGGUGUUGUGUUCUACGAGCUACUUCCAAAGAACAGAACGAUCAAUUCAGAUGUGUACUGUAGCAGUUGGAUAAAUUGA